CCUUCGGAGAAUCCAUAGCUUGCAUACUACAGCAGACCACGUGGUUCGGUACUCCCUCACUUCUUUCAUUCCCUGGAAAUGGGGAAGCCUCGCACUAAUUUGUUGAAGAGCAAGGUCAUGGUUAACAGAGAGAUUGCUUCUGGUGCUAUACGUAGUUCGAUUCCCUUGAAACAGGGGAAGAAGUUGAAUGUGAAGCCGAAGCUCCUCCCAUCUGUUCGAAAAUCGGAUCAAUCACCUUCACGGAAAAAGGAGUGGAUCAAUAGGGAGCGGAUUCUUCUGCUCGCUUCUCGCGGUGUUUCUUACAUUGGCCGUUACCUAAUGAAGGAUCUGUUAACGAUGAUGCCACACGGAAAAAAAGAAUCAAAGCUAGACACCAAACGUGAUCUUUCCGUUCUGAACGAGCUGGCUGAAAUAAGUCACACAAACAAGAAUCCCACUUUGGUGGAGCAGACAAACUCAAAUACCCCACAUUUCACUCUCCGAGCAUCUGGUGGUCCUGACGCAAUGGAUUUUGGUAACUACGGUGUGGGAGUUGCACUCUGCUCAAAGGCUGAGAGUGUUUUGCUGGACUGCAUCCCAGUCAUUUUCUUUGAGGCCCGUAAAAAGAAGGAUCUUUACCUCUGGAUAAGCUGUGUACCUAAUGGACCCUGUGCCAAGUUCCUAGUGGAAAAUGUACACACUACGUCAGAGCUUAAACUGACGGGGAAUUGUCUGAAAGCCAGCCGACCAGUGCUUGCGUUUGAUACUGCAUUUGAGGAUCCCAAUCAACCACAUCUCUGCUUGCUCCGUGAAAUUUUUGUACAAACCUUUGGAACUCCUAAUCAACACCCUCGGUCUCAGCCAUAUUUUGACAAGACGUUUGUUUUUGGAUUCAUGAACAAUCGUAUUUGGUUUCGUAACUAUCAACUCGCUGAAGAGAGUGGAGCUCUUGUUGAAGUGGGUCCAAGAUUCUCCCUGAGCCUGAUCCGAAUAUUUGCGGGCAGUUUCUGUGGUGCAGUACUCUUCUCAAAUCCCAAUUACAUUUCUCCUAAUUGGGUGAGGCACAAUCUGUUGCGGCAUCAAAAGGACAAAUAUGCUGCCCGGACUCAAUUUAGAGUUGAAUCAGAGCAACGAAAAAAGAACAGAAAGCAUAUAUACGAAUUCGAUGAGUUAGAUGAUAUAUAUGAGUGA